AUGCCUGUCUCGUACCUCAUCACCGGCGCCUCUAGAGGCAUUGGCGCUGGAUUCCUCAAACAACUUUCCCGGGACCCGAACAACUUGAUAAUUGGCCUCGUUCGUGAUAAGGUGGCCACUGAUAAGAAGGUCGCUCAGGAGCUUGGAGAUCUUCCCAACGUCCACAUUGUUCAAGGGGAUAUUACCAACUACGAAGAGCUGGAGCUUGCUGUCAAGGAAGUCUCCCGCAUAACCGAAGGAACCCUCGACUACAUCAUUGCCAAUGCUGGUGUGGCAGGCCGCACGGGGAACCUCCCAAUCAAUAUCCUCGCCGAGAAACGUGAGGACCUUGAAAAGGACUUCUUCUACACUUUCAACACCAACGUUAUCGGCAACGCGAACGUUAUAAACCUGUUCCUGCCCUUCGUGCUUAAGGGAAAAACCAAGAAGGUCAUCGCCAUCAGCUCGGCACAUGGAGACCUCGACCUAAUUCGCGACCUCGGCAUCGAAGUAUCCGCGCCGUACGCCGUCAGCAAGGCCGCACUGAAUUGCCUCAUCACCAUGUACGACGCCCACUACCGUCCCGAAGGCGUUCUUUUCCUGGCCAUCUGCCCCGGGUUUGUCGAUACUGGGGUGCUUGACAAUGUCUCGGAGGAGGAAAAGCCGUAUGUCGAGAAAUUGGUCGCCAGCUUCUCCAAGCACUCUCCAAACCCCAAGAAGCAGUCACCGGAAGAGGCUGUCAACAAUGUCAUGUCUGUUGUGCAAAAGGCGAGCAUAGAUAACGGCGACGGAGGCAUGUUCCUGUCUCACCUCGGCAGCAGAACUCAGUGGCUGUAA